UUUGGAAAAUAAAGAGACGCCCACUUGACACACCCUGGUCGCCUUCCAAUUCACACCUUUGGAUUUCCAAGAAAGAAGUAAUGUUAAUAAUGUUAUCAUGCCUGUUUCAAAAAUACAACACGAGCUGAUUCCUGCCGAAGAAAAGGAAAUGACUGAGCGUUCAGCAGCUUCAAGCGCUGGGACAACUGAAAAUGUUGAAGAAGAAAAAUUUGAUGAAAACUUCUGGCUUAUGGUUGAAAACAAAGUGAAGGAGGAAGGUAUACCAUGGAAUAAGGCAAUGGACAAAGUCAGGGCAGAAAGACUGGUGACAAGAUAUGGUUACCAAGAAGCUCUGGUGGUCCUUAUUCGCAAGUGGCCAAAGAUGACACAGUUUAAAGAAAAACCAGAAGUGAUAACAAGCUUGGAGUACUUGAUUAGCAGACUGGCAGAAAUAAUUCUAGAUGAGGACAAAGAAACAGAUUAUGUUGAUUUUUAUGAUAAAAAGGCUGAUGGAUCACCCAAAACCCUUCUGCAUCUGGCAGCUGAGCAAAACUUUCUUCAUGUCUCAAGAAGCCUAGUUGACCGUUUUCCUGCCCUUUUGUAUGUAAAGACCGGAGAACAAAUAAGUAAAGCAAUCUUACCUGUUGAAUUAGCUUUAAGAAAGAAACAAGAUGACACAGCUGCAUAUCUCAUAUCUCAAAUGCUUGCUCCUCGUGUCACAAAGCUGUUCCUUUAUGAUAACAAUACCGAAUCAGUAAAAUUUAAUUUUGGUGAAAUUAUUAGUUAUCGUAAUCCCAGGACGAACGAAUAUGCAAUGAAGAAAACGGUCGUGGCUGUAUUGAACAAAUUGAUUAACCCUCAUUGGCCGUACCAGCCCGACCGCACAGAGGUCGAUGAAGACAAUGUUGAAAUCCAGCGAGCCUUGGACAGUGUUCCAGACGAUCCAAUGAAUUAUGACUUUCACUAUCACAUCCUAGAAACUGACGAAAAUGGCAGAACGCCCAAGAUCAUAACCAAGUCCAAGGCCAAGAAUAAAGAUUCUGAAUUUGUUGAUCAAUCGUUUAAUCAUAGAUCAAUGUCGUGUCUCCAACGCAUUGCUGACAGUGAGAAUAAGGAAGCUGUGAAACACCCAGUCGUUCGCAUGUUGGUCCUCAGAAAAUGGAAUGAAUUUGCCUUCAAUUGGUUUUGUUUCAAGGCUGUCCUUUAUCUCAUAUUUUUGGCGGUAUUAUCAUAUGCGCUCAUGUUUGGCUCCACUCGUUGA